AUGUCGGCCGCUGCCCCGUGCCUCCAGCUCUGGAACCCGUGCGGGCAAGGGGCGGCCCGGAGGGCCCUCAGCGCCUAUCCAGCAGGCCCGCGGUCCACGCCCAGCGGAUCGCUGGGCGACGGGGCGGCCUCGGGUCCAGGGGAGCUCCGGAGUCAGGAGGGGCGGAGGUCGCAGGAAGGCCGGGCAGAAUCGGGAAAGGGUGCGGCGCGAUCAGCGGAGGCUCACAGCCGGUCUCCGGGUCGAGGGAACGAACGCUCUCGGCGAAGAACCCGGCCAGAACGCCUCAGAGCGCAGACCUUCCGCCGCAGCGUCCCCUCCGCAGGCGCCGAAAGGCGCAGCCAGAGCGUGGGCGCACGUCUCCCGAGGCCGCACGUCUACCGAGGCCCCACUUCCGGCCGUCGGUCGCCCGGGGCCCGGCUGCAGUGCGCAGUCGCGGUGCCUCCCAGCGCUCCGCCCCGCACGCGGUAA